UCUUUCUUUCUUCCUCUUCUUCUUCUUCUUCUUCUUUUUCUUUUUUUCCUGAAAAUUUUGUUGUCCUCUCUUCAUGAUGUCUUUAUUUGCCUGUAGAGGAGAAGAGUAAAUGAUUGUGUGUGGGCAGAAGGAAAUCCGUUCUGUCACUUAUUUGAUUUAGCAAAGAAGAAUGAUGUUCUUCUUUCAUUUUAUCUAGUUCUGUCUACUUUUGAGGAUUGAAUAUUUUUGUUUGCACCACUUGAAUUGUUUGAUCUUGUGAUGCUACCCAAUUUUCCUUGACUCUGUUUUGGUUUAUUUUAUUAGAGGUCCCAAUGGAUCUUUAGGUUUAUCUGCAACUCACUGAUCUGGUAGAACUCUUUGUGUUUCAAGACUGCAUGUGUGAUGUCUUCGAUUUAUUGGUUUCUAAGAAAGGUAGGUAGUUUGCAUGGGGAUCUUGUGCCGCAACCAUUUUUCUUGUCAGAUGGUUUUGUAGGGACUCUGUUAGGUUUGCAGGGAAAAUAGUUAAAACAGUUUCUACUGUUGGCUUUGCUAUAAAGGAUUUCUGGCUUUUCUAAGUAGAUUCUGGACUGCUAAUGUAUUAAGUAGCAACAUCUCUCCUUUCCUGGUGAUGAUCGUCCGUUGUUGAAAAACUUAUUUGGCGUUAACUCCUGCAUUCAGUGUUUGUUUUUCUUUGUUGCUCUUAGUAUUGAUGCAUACAAAAGGAUAUGGUGUUUAGGUAAACAAGCCACUGCCUUUUCCCCACGUUCCCGAAAGAUUCUUAUGACAAAGUCCAUCGUAUGUCUGUAGGAGUCUGCUGAUUUUACUUGCCUCGGGGUUCUGUUGUAAACAAGAUCAAGAAAUCUAGUAUUGUGUGCUUGAUGAACUUUCUUGGGCAUGGUUCUAAGACAUGGCACUGCAGAAGAGAUUAGACUAUGGAUUUAAUGGCUAUCAGGUGCCUCCUACACCCCGAGCCGCCAGAUCAGUCCGGAGGAGAUGUGUAUUUAAGAGAAAAGCUGAUGACCAGCAAAUGUGUGCAUUUGACUUAUUGGCAACUGUAGCUGGGAAGUUACUGUUGGAUGGUGAAUCUCCAGCAUCUGCGCAUGCAUCUUGUAGAAAGGAGCAGCCUGCAGCUCUAGAGGAUUCCGUAGGGAAGGAAGAGAAGGACGAAAAUAAGCCAUUAGAAGAAAAAUCUUGUGAUCAGAAUUGCUAUGAAAGGAACUUUCUAUUUACCGAACUUGUCUCAGAAGCUCCCAAACCAAACUUUCGUCCAGAUGAACUUGUAUGCACUCAAAAUGAUGUUAUCUCAAGGCCUGCCUCCGGAAUAACAACUUCUGAUUGCUCGGAGAAGGUUGGUCCUGCAGAACAAUUGGUUAAUGAUGAUUGCAAGCUCCGCCUUGGAAUUUUUACUCCUUCAGUAGAUGUUGAGUCCUCUGGUUUUAGAGUACCUGCUAAUUGUGGAUCAGAGGAUGAGAGUAGAAAACCAAUAAAAAUGGAUUCUGCAAGUACUAGGAAUUUCUCAAUAAGUAAUAAGGCUUCUCUGUGCAGCUCAGGGCAUUCGGAGGCUUGGGACAGAAAACCCUCCGUAUUAGUUAGUCCAGUUGAUAGUUUAAAGUUUCCAUUUUGCAGGGACAACACUCCUUGUGGUUCGUUUCCUGGGAAUCAGGAUAAUGUAAAGUUAGUUAAUAGAGAUGAUGACGAAAACUCUUCUGAGUGCAACGAACCUGGCACUAGAAAUAAGGCCUUUAAGCCACAGCCACGUGUUGGAGAUCGUAGAUUUAGGAAGUUGCUAGCAUCCAAGCACUGUAAAAUAACUCCAAAUGUGAAGGAUGAUGAACGCUAUAAUGCCGAUACAGAAAGAUGCGAUUAUCUUAACAGGAAGAACAAUAUCAAGCGUCAAAGGUCUAUGAGGGAUUAUCCUUUCAAAAAGAGGAAGCUCUAUGAUUGUAGCUCAGUUUCUAAUUCUGAAGAAGGCGUUAGCAGUGAUGGAAUAUGUACGGUGCCUGCGAACGGCACCAAUGGAGGUGGACUUGGUCCUGGGCCGACGCUGCCAGGAGCAAUCCCGAAUCCAACUCCUGCAGCAGGAGGAAAUGCGUCCUUCCAUACCAGGAAUUCUCAAGUGAAGCUUAAGAUCAAGUCUUUUAGGGUUCCAGAGUUAUACAUUGAGAUUCCGGAAAAUGCAACUGUUGGUUCUCUGAAGAGAACCGUCUUGGAAGCAGUAAAUGCAGUACUUGGUGGGGGGCUACGUGUUGGAGUACUUCUUCAGGGUAAGAAGAUUAGAGAUGAUAACAAAACAUUAUUGCAGACUGGAAUUUCUCAAGAUAACAAGAUGGAUACCUUGGGGUUUACUCUUGAGCCCAGCCCUACUCCUGCCCCAAUACGACUAUAUCCUGAAGAUCGUCGAGGUCAACUGCUGUGUGACAGUCCACAACCACUGGCGAGGUAUCCACCGACUCCUAGUAUUACUCAAAACGGUGGCCAGCAGAGGAAUCUAGAUACUCCCCCAGACCUUCCUGGAACGAGUUUUAACAAUUUCAUAGAAAGUGAUCAUGAUUCGGCUCCUUCCCCUCCUGGUAUGUCACUACAAAGAACGACUUCAGAAUCAAAAGCACUGGUCCCUGUACCUUCGACGAAACAAGACGCGUUAGCUGUAGUUCCAUUACGGAAAUCUAAGCGAUCUGAGUCUGCGCAACGCCGAAUCCGUAGACCUUUCACUGUUGCUGAAGUGGAAGCUCUAGUUCAGGCUGUUGAGAAGCUUGGAACGGGAAGAUGGCGCGACGUUAAGCUGAGAGCUUUUGAUAGUGCAAAACAUAGAACUUAUGUGGACUUGAAGGAUAAGUGGAAAACGUUGGUCCAUACAGCUAGAAUAUCCCCUCAGCAAAGACGGGGGGAGCCCGUUCCCCAGGAACUCCUGGACAGGGUCUUGACUGCCCAUGCUUACUGGUCUCAGCAGCAAGCCAAACAGCAGCUCAAGUCCCAGCCAGAUACUAGCCUUCUUCUCUGAAGAGCUUGGUUCUAGCAUUAGUUGCGGAAGAUAAGUGUGGCGACAUGUUUAGGUGGGGUGUUACUCUAUUUAACUAUUUGCUGUGAUUAAAAAUAUACUGGUAUGUAAAAAAAAGGAAAAGGUAAAUUAGUUGAUGUAAUAUUUAUAGCUCUGAAUACGAUAUGGGAGGAUAGCACUUGUAUAUGGGUGACAGAAUAAAAGUUUUGCUAACAGAAUUCUUUGUGCUGGGAAACCGGCAUUUUCUUAAUGUGAAGGUUUCUCUUCUGGAGAUUGGUUCGAUUCAUUGUGUUGGGACAGUUCGUUUGUUGUUGUGAGUUCAACUGUAACCAGCUUAGUAGUUAUGCUAGAUUCAUUCCAUUCUUGCACAAUACUGAUGUUUUGUAACGAGAAUGUUUACACAUUUGUAUAAAGAGGAAGGAAAUUUUGACA